AUGAACGGCAUGUCGCGGAGAAAACAGGCGAAGCCGCAGUGCGUCCACAUGGAUCCUCCUCUACACAUGACAGAUCAUGCAGACUUCAACAAAAACAAUCACUGCUCUCAGGCUUGCGAAGUCCAUGUGUGCGAGAAAUGCUUCGCUGAGUUUUUAAGCAUCUCAGAUCUCCAUGAGCACCAGAUGGUUUGCUCUAAGAAUCCACUGGUUCUAAUAGUGAGUGGAAAUGGAAGUUCAACCUCUCUGUCUCCACAUAUCACAUCUAAUUCAACUACUCAGAGUAAAGAGGAACGAACAAACAACAGAAUAAUUACUGAGGAGACUGAUGUAUUGUAUGAAAAAAGAUUCAAGGAAAACAGAAAAUCAUCACCUGUGUCUGGCACCAACAGUAACAGUGACAGUAAUUUCCAGUCAGAUAAUAAGAACAGCAGAGAAAAUCAGAGUUCAUGCAUUGCUUCCCUAACUUCAGAUUACUCAACAGUUCUGCCUCAAUUGGACUAUUUACCUGAACUGAGUAAAUUGUCCUCCAGCAACGUCGUCAUUGAGAAUUUGCAAAGUACAAAAGUGGCUGUGGCUCAGUUCUCUCAGGAUGUAUGUUUGAAUGCCGUGGUUAACAGCAGUAGUGAUACCAAUUGCACCAUGACCAUAAUGAGUCUGUUUGAGCAACUUGUUGCUGUACAGCAACAGCAGGUGCAGCAGCUGAAGCUCAUCGAGCAAAUUCGGCAACACAUAUUACUGUUAUCAGCCCAAAAUACAGACACAUCUGCACCCUCCAGCACCUGCCAAGGAACAUCAGAGUUUUCUCUGACCGGCCCUCUAAUAACACUUAGCACACACCUGUCCCAGCAGCUAGCACAUGCUGCAGGGCUAGCAAAAAGCCUGGUGAGUCAGUCUGCCAGUUUUAGCAAAUACAGACAACUAAACCAUGCAGGUUUAUCCAGCAAACAUGAUAGCACAGCACUCUUUAGUGUCAGGGAUAUCACGCUGAUGGCAGAAUCAGAUACAAGCAAACUUGGCAUAUAUCCAUCUGUAAAACAAUCUGAUUAUGAUGAUGCAUGUUAUGCACAGCCGAGUGGCACAAGUCAGUCACUCUCUCCUGUUUCACCUGAGAGCCCACCAGAUGUAACAAAUAUUCAGAGUCUACCUCAGAGUCCUACUGGAAAUUACAUCUUUAAAAACUCCUCACCAAGCAUUGGGGCAAUUGUGGAGGACUUGAAUGCCUUGACUGCUUUAGCUCAGCAAAGUAAAGGCAAACUGCCCAAUAUGACUUCAUUUGGACACAAAAGGCCUUUUGAUGAAGGUUUGUUUAAACACAAAUGCAGAUUUUGUGCCAAGGUGUUUGGAAGUGACAGUGCUUUACAGAUACAUGUACGAUCCCACACGGGAGAGAGACCAUACAAGUGCAACAUAUGUGGGAAUCGUUUUUCAACUCGGGGAAACCUAAAAGUUCACUUCCAACGUCAUAAAGAAAAAUAUCCAAACAUACAAAUGAAUCCUUAUCCAGUUCCAGAGCACUUAGACAAUGUUCCAACAAAUACCGGCAUCCCAUAUGGUAUGUCCAUGCUGCCAGAUAAGCCUGCGUCCAAGUGGUUAGACUGCAAACCAUCUGUGACCGGCCUACCUGGUUUGUUGUUAACUUCAUCUUUGCCAAGUCUUCCAAGCAUAAUUAAAAGAGAGGCACAAGUGGUAUCUGUCAGCAGACCUCCUAGUCCUGGUGCAUGUGGUUUAAAUGGGUUUGAGAUAUUUGAAAGCAAAAUUAGCAAUAAAGAAGAAUCCAGGAAUAAUUAUUUUACAAAACUAAAUGUAAAAUAUAAAGAACUACAAUACCUGAGCACUGAACCAUAUUCGAACUCCUCUGGAACUAGUUCAGAAGACCACAUCAAUACUAUCAAUGCUUCAAACCAUACACUUCUGCCUGAGGAUAUCAAACAAAAAUUCGAAUUUAAAGGUAUCCCAGAUUGUAUGGACACUUCAGAAACCACCAAGCUUCAGCAACUGGUCGAGAAAAUAAACAGGAAAAGUACAGACCCAAAUGAGUGUAUGAUUUGUCAUCGUAUACUCAGUUGUCAGAGCGCCCUCAAAAUGCACUACCGCACACAUACAGGUGAGAGACCGUUCAAGUGCAAGAUAUGUGGACGGGCUUUCACAACCAAAGGCAACCUCAAAACACACUAUAGCAUCCAUUGUACCAUGCCACCUUUGAAAGUGCAACAUUCUUGCCCCAUUUGCCAAGAAAAGUACACAAAUGCUAUAGUUUUACAACAGCACAUACGCAUGCACAUGGUUAGACAAAUCACCAAUGUCACACCUCCAGAAGGUUACCAAGAAUCUGUAGAACUUGAUAAAUGCUCGGGAGAAGAAAAUAACCUUGAUGAGAACCUUUCUGAUGAUAGCAUGGAAAUAACAGAGAGGAUGUCUGACUUUAAGGAUGCAACCUCUUCCCAAGACAGUCUAUGUUCACUUUCCACAUUAUCACAGACUAUGAAAACAUCUGGAGCAGAGAAAACAAUACAAGAGAAAGAAAUACUAAAUGGCAAAGUAGAGAAUGCGUCAAUAGAGGCAGAUUAUUUGUCUCUCAAGUCAUAUCUUGGUGAUGGCCAUGCUAGUCAACGAUCUAAAAGCCCUGCAUUUCCUAAAAUUACAUAUUCCUGGGAAUCUUUUUCUAAAAAUAGUUUAUCGGACAAUUAUACAUCCCCUACAUUCGAGACUCAGCAAAACACUUCAGAUGCAGAGCCGACUAGCACAGGUCUCACAUUUAAUUCAACACCUGCUGAUAUCCUAAAAGGAGGAAUGAGUAUUAAGUUCCCUUCAUGUGAACAGGGAACCUUGAAGAGCAAUGCAUGUGAUGUCUGCAACAAGACGUUUGCCUGUCAGAGUGCCUUGGACAUUCACUAUCGCAGUCAUACCAAAGAGCGACCAUUUAUAUGCACGGCAUGUGACAGGGGGUUUUCCACUAAAGGGAACCUAAAACAGCACAUGCUGACCCACCAGCUGCGAGAUCUACCUUUACAGUUAUCUGAACAAGCCAGCGAGAAUCUUGCUUCUCCAUCAAAUCCACUUUAUCCCUCUAUGGGCCAUUUAGGUUGUUCAAAAAUGAAAAUGGAAGUCAACAGCAUCUUAAAUAAAGAUGUAAAAAAUGCAGUAUUAGGCAUGAUAACCUCCUCAGCUCCCUUGCUGACAGUUCUUUCAGCACCACCAGCACCAUCUCGGAAAACCUUCAAAGAGCACUUCUGCCGCACUUGUGGAAAGAUGUUCUCUUCCUCCAGUGCUUUGCAAAUUCAUGAAAGGACCCACACUGGAGAGAAGCCUUUUGCUUGCACUGUAUGUGCGCGUGCAUUCACUACAAAGGGUAAUCUGAAGGUUCAUAUGGGAACUCAUAUGUGGAACGGUUCUUCAGCCCGCAGAGGUCGGAGACUCUCUGUUGAAGGCCCUUUUACUGUCCUAAAGUCCAAUCCUGUGAGAAUUCCAGACUUGCUCACAAAAGAAACUGUCAGUAACAGCGAGUGUGCUGGCUUUUGGAAUCAGUAUGUCACGGCUCCUCUCACUACCGGCUUGGCUUUAAAAACCAACGAGAUCUCUGUGAUUCAGAAUGUAAGUAUACCUCUAGUGUCUCUUUCUGAUGGACGUGGAGGAAACUCACCUAUCGGUGGACUCACAGCAAGUCUAGAAAAAGCACAAAAUAUAGAAAGCAAAAGACAUAUUCCUUGGAUCGAGAGGCUCGGUGAGAAUGCGUCAUGUUUUCACAUUACACCGUUCAUUGAGGAGAGUAAAACUGAUUAGUAUUUCAUGAAUCUCUCUUCUGGGA